CAUCAGCGCAGAGUGCCGGCGUGCACGCGCGCAUGAUUCAGCAGCUGCUCGCCGGCGUGCGCGCGGACACGCGAAUUGCCGCGCGCCAUCCCCGAGCACCGGGGCCGUGCGUGCGUGCGUGCGUGCGCGGACGUUUUUCUUCCGCCACCGGGAGAGCGACACACACACACACCGCGUCCUUUGUCGCCCUGCGGACGAGUGACGUCAGCGGCAGCCCCGCCAUUUCCGCAUCCUUGGCGCGGCGCGCGGACAGCUCUUGCUCAGCAGGUGGUCUAUGUCUAUGUCCGCCCCCGACAUGCCCACCAUGGUGUCCAGGUUGCCUAAAUUUGCUUCGUGGUCCAAAAGCGGCGCCACACCCGCCUCCCCGACGGCUUCUGCCACCACCCCUGGCCAGCGGGGGGCCAGCAGCGCCUCCACCGGACCCCUCGCCUCCGUGAGACGGACAGGGUUUAUCCGCACGCCCACGGACUAUUCCACCAUGUGGAGGAAAGACCGCGCGGUCACGGAAGGCGGCGGGGCUGACAGGGAGGGGGCUGGGUCAAGGGGUGUCGAUGUCAAGCACAAUCUGAACAGAACCGCUCCCAAUUCUCCGGUGGACUCAAAGAAGCCCUCGUGUCCUGUAAAGGAGUCCAACAAGUCUCAAACACUUCCUGUUUCUAAAAGUGGACUUCCUGUUUCCAAGCGGAAGCCAAGCGGGUCCACCCCGACCAAACUUCCUGCUCUUCCUGGGUCCAAACUUCCAAGCAGAACCAGCAGCUCUGUGAGGCCCCAUCGGUGGUCCACUGGUUCUAGUGCGGCCACACCAUCACCUGGUGCUGGUUCUAGAACUGGUUCCCCCCUCCAUGCCGCUCUACCAGCCACCCGCUCGCUCUCCACCGGCAACCUCGGGUCGGCGCCACCGUCCCGCCUCGCCACAAACGACCGUUUGCGCUCACGUAGCCUGAUGGCGGUCCAGCGGCGUCCCUCCCCCUCCACCUCUCCCUCGACUAACACCACCGCCAAGCAGCCCGUCACUUCCUGUGCUCCACCUUCUGCUCAGGUGUCAGGUCCAGCUCCAGAGGGCGGGGGUCAGGGCGAGGCCCUCAAAGCAACCCCUUCUGCCUUGAAGAAGCCCCUCCUACCUGGGCUCAGCCCCGCCCCCAAGUUUAAUGGCAUCAGCUACAAGCUAUCACGGCCAUCGCUCAUUAAGACGCCCCGCCCCCUGCGAGCGACCCCCGUACACAAGUUCCUGAGGGACCCUGAAGUGGGCCGAGAAUCCUCAGUGGGCACGGCGUCCUCCACAGGAAGUAGUCCAGAUCGCUGCACAGAGCCCUCCAGAGGGCCAGAGUCUGAGGGGCUGCCGUCCCAGAGGGAGAUGUCUAUUCUGGGGGAGACCAUGGAGGAGAUGUCCCUGUCGUCCAGCUCGUCUCUGGACCAGAACCACACCAGUCAGGAGUACAUGGACGACUUUGACGACCUGGGAAACGGAGGCGUGGGCGUGGUCCUGCUCGCCAAAAACGACGAAGACGACUCCGGUCUGGACCGGACGUGUACCGCCUUCCGUGACCACGGGGUGGCGGUCAACGGCGUCACCAAGGCGACAGAACUGAACUUUGUGGACCAGAGUUUGGACUGGACCGUCAGGGCUGGGGAAGGACAGAACCAGCUGGGUCCUUUCAGCCAGCCGGAGUACCAGGAGCAGGGUUGCUCGUCCCUGGACUUGUCGCCCUCAGACAGCUACGGUUCUGGCGGCAUCUACAUGUGGGACGAGGAGGGUUUGGAGCCGCUGGGGGCGCCGCCAUGGACUGCAGCGUGGCGCGGCGGGUCAGCAGCAGUUUCGACUCUGACGUCAACGGCAGCGACCAAGUACCACCCCAGAAAAAACAGAAAGUACCCCCAUCUGUUUGUGUGCGAUUCAGACGUGCUGACCAACGUGGACUCUUGUGACUUGGACGAAGACGACCUCAUGCUGGACGGAGACUCUCCCGAGGACGCGUCCCUGCGCGACGAGGAAGACGCUGUGUCCCGCAUGGCCGAGUGGAGGCGGAGACAACUGUGCUGGGGGACGCAGGAAGUCCACGAUGGCGACGACAGCGAGCCAGAAUGCUACAAGCUGAGCCAGGAGGACGCGGGCGGAGACGUGGUCCUCGGUCGUCACAGGCCUGCUGUGGAGGAGCUGCUGGGAGACUUUGGCGCCGUCAGGACACAGCUGGAAGUCCUGAGGAGGUUACUUCUGCAGGACCAGGACCAGGACCAGGACCACACGCUGACCACUGACACGCUGAGCCCUCAAGGUGCCCGCCAAUCACAGGUUCUGCUGCAGGAGGUGCAGCAGCUGAAGGAGGAGCUGAGGAACAAAGAUGACAUCAUCUCACAUCUCACACAGCAGCUGCAGGCUGUUGCCGCGGCAACCAGCAGGUGUCGCUGCCAGAAAGCAUCUGUCAGGUUGGAGCGACACACGCAGACAAGCAUGGCGGCGAAGGAGUGUGUCGCCUCGCAGACCACCUGGAGGGUCGCCCCCCCUGUCGCCUUCCUGUCUCCUCCCUGGCAGUACCAACGUUCCACACCAUACGGGGGGAGACCCCGGCCCAGCAUCCCCCCCCACCUCGCCAGGAAGAUUACAGGUACUUCGCUCCCCCCACCAGGAAGAGUAGAACCCACUAGCAAGCAUAAGCUCCUCCCACCUCGCGCUGCACAUCACGGACCGCCGUGAGGCCGACGCCCAGCAGGUGGCCUCCGUCCGCCUUCCAAGCCCCGCCUCUUCCGGUCCCGCUUCAGACGCCGGCGUGGCAAGGAGGGUCAGAGCGCCGCCUUCCUUCCCUUUGCCUGCCGGGUGAGCUGUCGGCAUCCCGGGGCCGCCUUCCCAGCAUGCAACAGGAGGGCUGGCCUUGACUUGAACUGUGGAAGUGAAUUAUUGAGCACUGUGACUUUAAGAAGACGUAUUGCAACACCUCACAUGUAAGAUGCACUGGCCCUUUAAGAGCCCCCCCCCGCCCCCCCAUCCCCCCCGCUCACAAACGGCUGGAAGUUUGAUUGACGCGGCGGCCAUCUUGGAAAGGCUCUUGUUGUUUUCCCGCUUGUCAUGAUAAAAUGUCCUGUAUAAAGUCUUAAUAUAUGCAAAGUACUGUGUGUGUGUGUGUGUGUGUGUGUGUGUGUGUGUGUGUGUGUGUGUGUGUGUGUGUGUGUGUGUGUGUGUGUGUGUGUGUGUGCGUGUGCGUGUGCGUGUGUGUGUGUGUGUGCGUGCGUGUGGCGCCCCCUGCUGCCUCCGACGUCAUCGCCGCCAAAUAGUUGAGUUGUCACCAAAGGUGUGAAGUGAAAUUAUUGCCAAAAGUCCACAAACACACAAAGUAUUUUUACUCACCACCGAUUAUUAAAAAGAAGUAAAAAAAAAAAAAAAAAAAUUCUUCAUGGAAAAAAAAAAGGAUUUGCAAGUAAAAACCUAUUUUAUUCAAUUAAAUUACACAAUUGCAAGUAUGAAAAACUAUUUUUUUGCAAGUGAAAAAAAGAUUCUCAAGUAUAAAAAAUGUAUUUAAUUAAAAUAACAACUUGCAAGUAAAAAACAGCUUUUCUUUAAUUAAAUGAAAAAAAUUGCAAUUAUGGAAAACUAUUUUCUGCCAAUAAAACACGAUUAGAAAGUAAAAACAAAAAAAAUGUUCUUCAUGCAAAAAAACCGAUUUGCAAGUAAAAAUCUAUUUCCUUCAAUUGCAAGACUGAAAAACAUGUUUUGCAGGUAAAAAAGAUUGACAAGUAUAAAAAAUGUAUUUCAACAAUUCGCAUGGAGAUCCAUGGUAGACGCCCUCUGCUCCCCAGGGGGCCAAGAGGAUUCAAGAUAAACAAAGAAGCAAGGAUAAAAACUAUUUUCUUUAAUUAAAUAAAACGAUUUGCAAGUUAAAAAAAACAAAACAUAUUUCCUUCAAUUAAAUUAAAACAAUUGCAAAAAAUUUAUUUAAUUAAACAAUUUGCACGGAUACAUUUUUUUUUUUAAAUAAAAAAAAUAAAUUAUUUUCCUCAAUUAAAUUAGAACAUUUGCAAGUAUGAAAAUCUAUUUUCUUCCAAUAUGACAAUUAUUGGUUCUUUAAUUAAUUAAAUUAAUUAAUUAAUUUAAUUUAAUGAAUUAAUUACAACGAUUAGAAAGUUAAAAAAAAAAUUCUGCAAGUGAAAACUUUUUGCAAGUAAAAAAC